CUGAUCACCAAGCUUCCUGUCGGACAACAACUCCUUCCAACUUACUACCUUUACUCCCGCGCUCUCUUUAUUUAUCUCUAUACUCCUGAAAUAGCAAUGGCGUCCAAGCGAGCUGUCCAAUUGCUGUCCCUGCGUACCCCGCAAGCUGUCUCGGCCCACGCUUCAUCACUGCGAUUGGGAGCUCAAUGCGCGCGAUCGAGAGCCUUUGCGCCGGUUUCGGGGACCAGGAAGGAUAUCUGGAGAGUAGAAGCCGGCGCGGUGCAGCGUCGGUGGAAUUCCUUCCCCAGCGACAAGAAGAGCAAAGUCUACCAGUUCGAAGAUGUCCUCGCCAUCCUCGAAAACCCGUCCGACUCCACGGUCCUCAUCGACGUGCGCGAGCCCGAUGAAUUCAACGCCAACGCUAUCCCCACCGCUAUCAACGUCCCGAUUACCUCGCAGCCCGACAGCUUGCUCCUCCCUGCUGAGGAGUUCGAGGAUCGGUUUGGGUUUCAGAAGCCGCCGGUUAAUAAGCAGAUUGUGUUUUAUUGUAAGGCGGGGGUCAGGAGUAGUGCGGCGGCGCAGUUGGCGAAGCAGGCCGGGUACGAGAACGUGGGCGAGUAUAGAGGCUCAUGGCUGGAUUGGGAGAAGAACGGGGGACCGGGGACCAAGAGUGCGCCGCCGCCAGGUGGGAAGGGCGAGCCGACUAAGGCGGAGAUCAAGGAGACGGCGGUGUGAUCCAUCUCGUACCGAUAGCGAAUAGUCGAGACACAGAACACUAUCCCGAGGCACACUUUGCUCAACGUGAGAAGCUUGGCUGGAUGUAUAUGGGCUGUAUAUAUAUGCAAUGGACGAUUAUCAAAUUAUGGCAGGCUUUUCCUUCGCGAACAGUUGUUUUGGGAGGUCAACGAGGUCAGAGUUGCGCUUCGAAACUUGAACGACUGAAAUGGAUUUAAGAACGGAUCACAAAGUGUAGGAAUUAUGAAUUGCAAAGUAGGGAAAGGAAUGGGUGAACCAGAAGGACUUUUGAUUACGUUGGAGCCUCCCAAGGGCCAAAAGCUCCGUCUUGAAGCACAACUCCUC